AUGUCAAGUGUCGUCAUCGUGGUUGCCUCUUUAGUAACAGCUCCACUUCCACCUUCAUAUACUCGUCGCUUAAUCUUCUCAGAUCGUCAUGUUGUUUUUGACCCAUUGUUGGAUGCUCCGAAAAUGACGAUUGUUAGUCAAGAGGAAAAGGAAGAAUGGAUUGCAGAAGGAGAGGCUGAAAAACCUGUUUUACCAUGUUGGAAGAAAGCUCUUAAUUGGAUGUGUGGUGUGGAAGGCAUGCAGGAUGAGCGUGAACCUGUAUUCACUGAGGAAGAGGCAGAGGAGUUGGUCGAGUUGAAGGCCAAGGAGAUGAGCAUUGAAGAGGAUCCGAAGCAGAGAAUCGUUGUCAACGUGGCUGCUUCAAUUGCACUUCUCAUCACCAUCUUCUUCUGGGCCUUCUUCGCAUAG